UUCUCCCCUCCUCUCGUCUUUUCUUCCCUUUUUCCCAUCUGUCCUCUGUCCUCUGGGCUGCCUCUCAUCGCCUGUUUCAUCUCCUGUGACAUUCAUCUAUUUGACUGGUCACUGGUGCCUGGCAGUUCAGCCGCACUGUCCCUCGUCUGCCAUUUUGGCCCCUCGAUCGCUCUUGUAUCUGCUCUCUGACUGUUCUUACCUUGCAUUAGCUCUCGUGUUCCAUCUGCCACAAAACUUAUAUUUAUCAUUUGUCGUCGGAGUCUUUAAAUACCCAGUGGUUACUCUUCAGAGCAAAAUGCCCCGAUACGCCCACCGCACCCAGCUCACCGACUCGGAAGACGACUUCUCAGAGUCAGACUACUCUAUGAUGGAGGGAGCCCGUAGGCAUGUUAGGAGACGAUCCAUUUCCCGCAGUCGCUAUGGGCCUAGUCACAGCAACGCCUAUUUAAGCCCGCACGGCACUCUCUACGAAGACGUGCACAUCAAACGGUCCGCCUCGACGGGUGCCCGCCGCGACCGCGAGCGGCACCGAGAGCGAGAUCGUGAUCGUGACCGGGACCGCGAGCGAGUGGACCGCGUGCAGCCGUCGACCGUGAUCGUCGACAUCAAGAACGACUCGCGCAAUACUAGCUCCAACAAGAACCGCAAGCAGCACCGCGAAUCCGCCUCCCACAUCCUCGAUGACCCCUACUUGGACCCCUAUGAGGAUGACCUCGAUGAGGUUGCCAUCCGCCGUCGUCACCGUUCGCGGCCCCGCGCGAGUACAACCAGCGUCUCCCACUCCCGCGAUCCGUCUCCCCUUCCCCCGGCCCGUGACUAUGACCUUGUCAUUGACCAGAAGCUACUAGAGAAGAACGAUCAGCGCCAGGACCUCGAACUCCUGCGCCAGCAGCAGGAGAUUAAGUAUCUGGAGCGGCAAUUGGCCCGCCAGCGAGCGGAGCAGCAUGAGGUCCGCAUUGUAAAAGACGAGGAAGAUCGCUAUGAGGACGAUAUCAGCGAUAGGCUACGGCGGCUCCAGAGGUUCGAGGAGCAGGAACGUCUAGAGGAUGAGAAGCGCAAGGCCGAGCGUCGCUAUAGGCUGCAGAGGCUCGAGCAGGCGGAGCGUGAAGCCGCGGAACAGGAAGAGGUGCGCAAGAAACUGCGCCAUGAGCGGCUGGUGGAGUUGCAGAAGAAGAUUGAGGAGGAGGAAGAGCGUGAACGCAUCAAGAAGGAGAUCCGGGAUGAGGAGGCGAGGAUUGCCCUUGCUGAGCAGGAGAAAAAGGCUAAGGAGGCGCGGAUGAAGGCUGCCGCUGUUGAGGAGUGGAAGCUUGCGCAGGAGCGGGCUGCGAUUGCGGAGCGGGAGGCUGCGGAGAAGCGCGAUAAGGAGUUCAAGGAGCGCCUACGGCUCGAGUUCGGUAUGACACCCGAGGAGUUUGCGGAGUUUAUGAAGAAAAAGAAUCAGAAGGAAGAGAAGAAAGAAGAGAAGAAGGAGGAAAAGAAAGAGAAGGGAAAGGAGGAGAAGAAGAAGGAAGAGAAGAAGGACGAGAGGAAGGACGAGCUCAUUGAGCAACGCAAGUCUCCUUGGAUCAAGGUCCAUCGCAAAUAUCUCCUCCCAGAAACCCUAGACACAUAUAGACUCCCCUGGUCAUGGGAUGAUGUUGACGGCAACUAUCUCAUCAUUAAGACGUGGAUCAGCGAAGACCUGCAGGACGAGCUCUUCCAGCACACCCGCCGCAUCCGCGAGGGUAAAAUCCUUACUCAGACCUCCAGCACUCUGACUGAGCUCCGCGUCAACGAUCGAAACAAGGAUAAGAUGUACCUCGUUAGAAAAAAGAGUCCCAGUCGGAGGUCUUGGAUUUUUACCUGAUUGCGCUCAUCCGAUGUUGCCACCUAUUCAAGCUACAUGUCAUGGCUAAGAUUGGAUUUGAUGGACUGGAAGUUUUGUUUUGUUCUGUUCUGAUUUGGUUCUUCACUCGGCUUACUGAUCUUUAUAUCCUUUGCUUUUAUUUGCUUUUUUCUUGUCAUUCACUGGCCCUUCAGUUACGAAUCUCGGAGGGGGUCGAGUACUUCGGUUGAUUGUCUGCAGUGCUUGUCAUAGUUGCGAUUUGAAUUUGCUAUCUACGAUACAGACAUGAUGAAACGAUUUUGACGAUAGAUGCUCAUGUUUCCGUCCAGACCGCAUCGCAUCAGAUAUCCACCUAUAGUACAUACCAAAAUACAUUAUACCAUACCCCACGU